CCCGGGCAGCGCUCGGCAGGCGGCGCGGCGGGGCCCCCCAGCGGCAGGCCCGCCCCGCGCGGUGCCCGCCGUCACUGCCGCUGGCGGCUGGGCCGCCGGCGCCUCCCCCGCCGCGGCGGCCUGAUGCGGCAGCCGGCGCCGCCCCGCUUGGCUUCCCCGCUCCGUUUCCCCGAAACCCCUCCGCCUUGAUAUCUCUCGGGGCGAGGCGGGGACGGUGACGCCCCGUGCCCGGUGCGCCGGCCAUGCGGGGCGCGGCCCCCGGCGGCCCGGCAGCGGGCGGCGGGCGCUGAGCGCGGGCGGCGGCGAUGCCGAUGCCGGGGGGCGGUGGGGCUGCGGCCGCCGCCAGGCGCCCUCUGGCCGGCGAGGCAGCGGCGGCGGCGCGGGAAGAGGAGCAGCAGGAGGAGGAGGGCGAGGAGGAUCUCCGCGACGGAGGCGUCCCCUUCUUCGUCAACCGCGGCGGGCUGCCGGUGGACGAGCCCACCUGGGAGCGGAUGUGGCGGCAUGUGGGCAGGAUCCACCCCGAGGGGGAGCGGGUGGCGCAGAGGAUCCGGGGCGCCGCCGACCUGCCCAAGAUUCCCAUACCAAGUGUGCCUGUGUUCCAGCCGUCCACCACCAUCCCUGAGCGCCUGGAAGCUGUGCAGCGCUACAUCAGGGAGCUUCAGUACAAUCACACUGGGACACAAUUUUUUGAGAUUAAGAAGAGCAGACCUCUGACUGGGUUGAUGGACCUGGCCAAAGAAAUGACCAAAGAGGCCCUGCCAAUAAAAUGCCUGGAAGCUGUGAUCCUGGGAAUUUACCUCACCAACAACAUGACCACGCUGGACCGUUUCCCCAUCAGCUUCAAAACCCACUUCUCAGGGAACUACUUCCGACACAUUGUGCUGGGGGUGAACUUUGGAGGCCGCUAUGGGGCACUGGGCAUCAGCCGACGUGAGGAGCUCAUGUACAAAGCACCCGUCUUCCGCACACUGAGCGAACUCAUCUUUGACUUUGAGGAGGCGUAUCGCCGCUGCUGGCACACGCUUAAAAAGGUGAAGCUGGGCCACUGUGUGUCCCACGACCCACACAGCGUGGAGCAGAUUGAGUGGAAGCACUCCAUCCUGGAUCUAGACAAGCUAACCCGGGAAGACUUUCGCAAAGAGCUUGAGAGACACGCCCGUGAUAUGAGGCUGAAGAUUGGCAAAGGAACUGGGCCACCAUCUCCCACCAAGGACAGAAAGAAAGAUGUCUCCUCCCCACAAAGAGGUCAGGCCAGCCCCCAUCGGCGCAACAGCCGUGGGGACCGACGGCCAUCUGGUGAAAAGAAGCCCACUGAUUCCAAAGCCAUGCCAGACCUCAAUGGGUACCAGAUCCGGGUGUGAAGAGAGCUGUGCCUUGUGUGACUGGCUUCACAGACUUUUGGGGCCACAACUGGGACCUGGAUCCAUCUGCAGUGAUUCUGGCAAAGGGGACAGGGGAGUGGGAGCAGAAAAGAGUGCUGAUCUUGCCAGGUACUUCCUAGUGGGCUAAUCCCAGACCUGGAUCCCAUGGGUCCCAGAGGAUUCACCUGCCUGUUUCUGGGAGAGGUGUCCAUCUUAAUUCACUGAAACAAGUAUUUAAAAAAAAAAAUAGUCUGUAUGUCGGUGGGAGUUUGCUGCAGGAAGAAUAUGAAGUCAGUAGAGUCAGCAGACUUGCUAUCAAUUUUUUUUUGUUGACAGCAAGUAGAUGAAGCAUCUUGUCAACAGUACUUCUUCCCUGUCUGUACAGAAGUCUUAACUCAUGCAAGGCCUGAAAGUCUGAGGGAGAAGUGAUGCCGAAAUGAGAUGGCCCCCACAUCUUGUGCAAAAACUCCUGGUUUCAUCAUUAUGAACACUUUGUUUAGCAUUGUUCUUGUAAGAGACAGGGCUGAAUUUGCUCAGCCUGAUUUAUUUAUCAUACAAGGGUUUCUCAUCUGGAGAAACCACAUCUUGUGUGUUUAGUCCUGCCUAUUUCAAAGCAUUUCAUUGUCUCUGAGGGGUAGACGGUGGGAUAAUGAUCCUCUUUACCCACUGCAAAGAUGGGGAGCUGUUGCUGUAAGUCAUUUUGUGGUUGAGUGGGUCCAGAUGUACUUGUGCCAUGUCCACAUGAAAACAGUCACAGAGACCUCAGUUCUCCCAGCAGUGGAGGCAAGGGUAGGCAGGGGCUGGAGGGAUGCCUGAACUUGAGUCAUUUCUUUGUCAGCCUUCUAUCCAUUAACAUCUAGUGACUGAUACUGUGAAAGCUUGCAGAAGGCACUUCAGUCACUUAGGUAUGAGUUUUAAGAGUAAAUAGUUAAAGAAGGAUUUAAUUAUGUGAACAGGUUUUUCAAGCAUUUUUACUUUACGCAAGGGUUUUGUUCCCUCCUCACUGUAGUUUAGUGCUAGAGUUACAGACACCUGUUGGUGGGAAGCCCUGCAUGAGGAGAGUGCAGCUGCUUUCCUGACAGCUCAGCCUGAAGCCUCUUGAAAGUAGUUCCCCAGCCCUGUCCCAGAUAGCUGCCAGAUUUCACAGCACCCCUCACGCUAGCCUUCCCCAAAGGGCCAGGCUGGGCUUACAGCCUUCACUGUUCCUGCACCUCUCUCAGAAGAGUGUUGUACUACUGGUUAAGCAGUGUGACGCUUGUCAGAAAUACGGAACGUUGAGGCCUAGGGCCUGGCAACAGUGGGGUUGCCAGAAGUCAGAACAGCAUGGCCUUGAAGUGAUCUGGAUGCAUGCAUCCAGGGGAUGCAAAAAUUGAGAGAAACUGAGACUUGUUUUAUCACAGCACUGACAAGGAGCUAAACAUUCUAAAAUACUGCAUCCUUAAUUUUGAUAAAAUUUGGUUUAUUCUUUCCUGUGAGCUUGUUAGAAACAUGAUGGAGCUUAUCUCUACCAGGUUUUUUUGUUGCAGUAUUUCUGUGCCAUACCCUCAUAUAAGCAGUGCUAUUUUGGUGGCAGAGAAUAGGUUCUUAUCCCCAAACAAAUCCUUGAGGCACCACCCACAAGUGAUUUAACUCGGGCCUUACAGGUUCCUAAUUGUACAUCCUUAACUGUGAUGUAACUUACAAGGCAUUAUAUCCAUACCAGAGCAGUCUCUCCUUCCAAGCUCUUUGUAGUCUGUACUUUUCUGCUAUGCUGUACGACCAGGAGGACAAUCUGUAGGGGGUGACAGAACUUGCUGCUGAUCCAAGAUAAGGUGGAUCCAGAAGAGGAUGCCAGUUUCCACAGUGCAGUGCAACACCUGUCCCUUCCCUUGCUCUCCAGCCACAUGCAACCAUUUGAAAUUAGACAGCAGUAGCAAGCCAAGCAACUCUGCUUAAUUUUGUGGGGCUGUAAAUUAACAUAUUUAGUGUCUGGAUGCUAACAAUUAUGUUAGCUGUAAAGGUACCACAGUUACAUAUAAAUAAUAUGGGUCACCUGGAAGCCACAAACUGCCUUUGCAUAAUGUUUGCUGUGCAAAAAUUAUGAUUAGUUUGUUCGUUAAUUCAGAGUAACUGGAAAGCUCUUAAGAAUAACUGUUAGUUCAUACAGAGCACAUUCCAUACCUGGACAGACUUGAGGCUUUUUAGGUGGAAAGAAGUGGAAAUGUGUUGUGGGGAGGAAGACUUCAAACAGAUGGGGCAAGUGAGGGAUCAGCUGCAAGCUAAUGAUGCUUUCUUUAGAGCAGGGCAAAAGGGAUGCUCAGCAGUGUUGGAUCACCAGGGUAGAAUAACUUAAAACAAAAUGCUUUGUUUGACAUGGUAAUUAAGAGCUUUCCUGCAGGAUGUAACAGAGGCCAAUAGCUUAGAAAACCAAAGGAAGUGGAUGUUUAAGGAAUGAAUGGCAGGUAUCAUUCAAGGUCUCAGCUGUAGCCAGACAAGAAUAUCCUCUUUCAAGAUACAGUUGCACAAUUAUCUACAUUAGGAGGCAUUUAAUUCUUAUGUGUCUAAUGUUGACGACUCCUCAAGAUGGACACAGGAGCAGACACGAGCCCUCUACUUGAGUUACCAUCACAGAAUCACUAUUUCAAGCCUUCUACUAUUUUUUUCUGUGUGCUAGAUUUCCUGCCUGUUACUCUUUCUGUAUUUCCAGUUUAGCAGAUGGUGCAAGAAACUGGAAAAUGACCAAACAAUUAUCCCAUUCUUGCUCUUGCUCCCUUCAACCAUCAAGAUGAAUCACUUCAAUACAAAGCUUAGCUUCCUUGCUAACAAACAAGACAGCAUCUCCCUGUGACAAAAAGGAUUAGUACAAUCCAGUUGUAUGCCAUAAAAAAUGUGAAGGCACAAUGAAAGAUGAACUUUUGCACUUCCACAUCUUUCCUGUCUCAUCCAUAUGCUCUGACUUCUGGCCUGUCUGCCUUUAACCAAAAGGGAAAAAAAGCUGGGAAGUAGUCAUUUUCACUUUUGCAGUCUCUAGAACUACAGAGAAGGAAUUAAAAUAAGGAACUAGACUGUAACUUACACUCUUCAGUGCCUGCAGAACAAAAAAGAUGCAUCUUGAGGAGUCCUAUUAAUUAUUUAAUGUUAAAUAUUAGUAUGAUUGCUUUUGUAGCUGAGGUGUAAAUUUCACUGCCCAGUAGGUCUCAUGUCUGUUCUGCAGUACAAGUCCUUCUGAAUUUGUGGAAAGGAACUGCAUCCAUAAACUAGGAAUGGAUAGACACUGCCUAUGUGUUAUGUCAUGUAUAGGUGAGCUUUGAAAGACUUGAACAAAUGCUUACCUACUACUAGCAGAACUAUUUUAAAUUAAAUGCAAACCUUGAAAUAAGAGUUCUUCUUCAUACUUUUAUGUAAAAGUCCCUUGAUACCUGGUCAACUGCAAUUUUUUUAAUGGAUUAGCUGCAAAACUUUCUGCUACAGUGUCACUCUGAUACAAACUUAAUAUCCUAAAGAGCAGGGUUGGGUGUCCAUCACCCUGUGACACUCUAGCCUUUUUUUUAAACUCUGAUAUGAUAAACUGAGUAUUUAGGAACCCAAGGUAUGUUAGCAAGUGUUUUAGGUGGGAGUGGAGUGCUUUUUUUCAGCUGAUUAUUUUAGCCAUGUGUGGGUCAGUACAGGAUAUGAUCUACUAGAAUACAUGACUCCAGAACCGUGGUAGAAACAUAGUUUCUGUUGAAGCAGUAGCUGUAUUGCUGUUACCAGAUCUGUUUAACAUGAAUUUUUUUUUUUAAGUAUUUCAGGUGAAAGCCUUAAUCAGGUGCCUGCCCCUUAAGGCAGGCUCACAUGUGGUGUUGUGGAGAUUGAAACAUGACUGUCCUUAAAACUGCAGAGUUUAAGAAACCAUAAUGAACAGAAGAAUGUUCCUGUUGCCAAAGGGCAAGAGUCUGGAUUAGAUGGGCUUGACCUUGCUCCAGUGGCUCUGGCUAAUCACUUCAGGUGGUUGCUUUUGCCACUUGCUCAUUUUAAGUGAAGUAUUUCAAGUGGCCCUGAUUGUGAUCAGACACUAGAUCUAAGCAGGACAUGCCCCGUGUCCCACACAUACUGCGUGUGCAAGUCUGGCUGAAAUAACACCGCAUAUUCCAGUGGUCUUGCACUGUUGUUCUGUGACCAUUUAGAUCUGCAUUAUAGAUUUACAACUUAAGCUAAUAAAGCAAGUGCUAUUCUGGCUUGGAGUUUGCUCUAUCAGAGCAAGGUGGAGAUGGUCCCUCUACAGCCAAGCUGAACUCCUUAGGGAAUUUAGUAUUUUUGUCCAUUUUCUGAGCAGAUGUUUACUUGUGUCACAACCACUCUCCUUCAGUGGUGCCCUGGCCCUCUGCUCAAGAGCAACUCAACUUAUGCCCAGAAGGCUACUGAAUCCCCUGUAGUCUCUGCAGAGCAGAGUUUCCUUCCAGGUCAGGGCUGAGAUGGUGCUAGUGGGACCAGAGUGGUCCCCCUCCAUGCACAUCAGUAUUCUACUCUAGCACUGAAAGGGUGCUCCACAACCAUUUACAUCUUUAUCACUGGUACAGCUCAGAACUAAGAAAUUGAAGGUUUCUUUCUUUAAGAACAAUAUCAUGUGUGUCUUUUUGUAAUUAAUCAGUGUGGUUCUGUGUUCUUAUGUAGCCAACACAGAAUCUGUAUUUAGAUUUAGUUCUUACUACAUUUCCCAUAGCCCUCAUGUUGAUACUUCUUCCUGCUUCCUUUGACACUUAGAGAAUAAAAUUCCCUCUGUACUGCUCUCAGCUUGUGCAGAGAAAACAA